GAUUUUAAGAGCUAAAUAUCUACCAUUUCAAAUUUUCGUUGGCAUUGUCAACAGCCCUACUCUUUGCGUUACGUGGGGAACAAAUGAUUCUCAUCAUCUCUAUUGUAUAUCGGACAAAAAAGCACAGAUUAAAAACAAUCCAUGUUAUCGAUUAGACACCCCUAUGGAGAAACGCACGUUCGCUUCGGAGCAUCUCACAUUUCGCGAGCUGUGCAGCGACGCUUUAUAUUUCGUCCCUCGAAUCGCGUCACCGAAUCUCGCGGGCACUCGCAACCAUUCUGCUAAUGAGAGGAAACGAGACGGAAAAGGGAGGCUGCCGCACCAUUCGCCAGGAGCUCUGCCAAGGAUUGAUUUUGCAAUCCGACGACCGUGUGCUCCACUCGCUCAGCACAAGGUGUGUGUAAUUUCGCAUGCUAAUUCCACCGACCGCUACUGCAUGCAUCGCGUUUGGAAACGAGCUCCCCUCGCGUAUUGUUUCUCUGCCGUGAUUGUAAACAAGCCGAGAGUCGUUUUCCUACGCUCCAAAUCUGGCCUUUUUCGUUGCUGCUGCUGCUGAUGUGUCGUCGUCGUUCAGCCGUUCAACGGGCAAAAGCAAUUACUUUCCCUCUCUCGGCGCGAGCGACUUCUCAAAAUAAUGCAAAAUCUCACGCUCGCGAUUGUUGCUAUGAAAAGCAAAAAGGUGCUUCACAUACGAACAGACUCCCAGGCUGAUUAUGUACAUGCACGAAAAUUGCAUCACGAGCUGCACCAACAAGGCUAUAAGAGGACCGGAUGGCCGCCUCCCCCGCACAAAACGCCUUUGGACUUGGUGCAGUGCGUGUGGUGUCGUUCGGUGGUGCAAAAACAACGACAACAGCAUCAACAUGCCGCUCAGCCGCAAACUGACCGUGUUGGCGGUGUGCUUGGCCAUCUUCACGUCUCACAUGGCGAGCGCAGCCCCCGGCGAGGUGAAGGCGGAGAAGACUGACAGUGAGAAGUCUGCCGAGUCGACGGCGGACGAGGGCAAAGAGGAGCUGUUGAAAGUGGCGGAGUCGGGGUUGCCGCCGCGCAUCGUCAAGCAGGUGAACCACGUGAACGAGGACAACUCGUACACGGUGGGACACGCAGCCGAGGACGGUACGUUCAAGAUCGAGACGCGCACGGCCGACGGGCACAUCAGGGGCAUGUUCGCGUACCUGGACGCGGCGGGCGCGCUCAAACGCUUCGUCUACUCGACGCGUCCCGAGGACGCGGCGCUGAUCCUCCCGUCGGCGCCGACCACCACGACUAAUCUCCUUCAUGUUGCAGACUCAGCCGGAGGUGGCGGGGGGCAGGAGGGGAGGAAAGCGCCGGCCGUGCGUCGACAGCUGCGAUACAGGCGGCCGCAGGGUUCCGAGAGCCCCGAGGAUCCGUCGCCGGUGCUGUCCAUGCUGCUGCGACGCAGCCGCCAGGGCCCACGCACCGACGCCGACGAGCUGCUGCGCAUCCAGCAGCAGCAGCAGUACCUGUACCAGGGUGACUCGGGUGACGUCUACGGCUCAGGGUACCACGUGGCCGACGCACAGCUGCGCCAGCAGCUGAGAGGACGCGUGCAGAACGCCGUGCUGCGCCAGCUGACGCCACCGCAGCUGGCCGAGCUGCAGCAGUACGUGACCCCUGAGGCCCGCCGCGCCCUGAACCCCAGCCUGCGCGCCCUCAUGAGCCCCGUGCUCGACUACCUGUCCGGCAGGGAGGAGCUCUACGACCCCUACCUCUUCUACCCUGGACAGCAGGUGCAGUACCCGGUCACUCAGCGACAGCAGGUCGCAGGGUACGGGCAGCCGGGGUUGUACGACGAUCUCAGGUACGCCCUGCUGCAGCGGGUGAUGCUGGCCGCCCGGUUGCUCGGCGUGGACGGGAGCCUGGGUCUCGGCAGGUACAGCGGCUACGACAACGAUCAAUACAGCGACCGGCUUAUUGGCAGGUUCUACACGCAGCCCGACCCAAGGCUGGCGUACAAUCUGCGUUCCCUCCCCUACCAGCAGGCGCUGCAGAUCGCCCGAGAGACGCACGAGCGCCAGCUGGCCGCCUACCAAGCGUCCAUCGCCGCUCAAGGUGGCGCCGUCAGGUCCGUCUACCCCCGCGGAGAGGUCGACCCUACCCCUUUCGUGAUCCACACCCCUGAGCAGACGACCCCUGGAGCCGCCGAGUACGAGUACUCAACGGUGACGCCGGCAUCCGUCGUGCGCGCCACUAGUGCGCGUCCCUCCAACAUCCAGCGCGUGCGCAACGUUCAGGUCAUCCCUGGUGCUUCACCCUCCACCACCGCCAGCUCCAGGGGUUACUGACUCGUUGCCGCCGUCCUGCUCGCCGCCUGGCUCGCCGUGCAGUUGGCCGCGCCGCCGACGCCCCUAUGCGCCUGGCGCACGACGAAGUGGACCCCCCUCCGAGCCUGAACCUCUUCCCCCAAAAGGCUGUUAAUUAUUUGACUCACCCUGUCGAAGAUUAUAAUGAAUAAUAAAGAGUUUUUGUUUUAUUUAAAUUAUGAUA